CCGUAGGCACAUGAUGCUCUUUGGAAAAUGGCCGGAUAACUUGAGUUGAUUAUGCCUACUACAGCUUAUUCCUACUACUAGGUACAUAUCUACAGUGUAGAGCAAGGUUAUAAGUCAAAAUCAGAGCUGGUACAGUGUUCCUGAAAGAUAUCCAGAAAAAUCGGAUAGAAGUCCAGUGACAUGUCGUCUGAAUCAGAGGAUAAGUCACAUGAUGUGGGACCACUCCCUGUGAUGAGCACUGAUUCAGGAGUGGGGGAUGAGGGGCUGGCCCCUGAUAAUCAGACCAAUCAGCCUGACUGUCAGGAUCUAGAGAGUUCGAAUAACAAUGAACCACCUCCACUGGAGGACCCUCCGUCCUAUGAGGGUCACACCCCUGCCCCUGAGCCCCCCAGUGAGGAGAACUACUCGGGUCAAGAGUUCCCUGUCAAAGUUCUGACCUCCCUCGACGAGCAGCUCAACAGACCGAAGUGGGUGGUACCCGUACGUCCAGGAGAUGAGCUGGAGAAACUGCUCAAGUUCUCAAUAGUCAUGUGCAGAGAAGGCCGAGAUGUGAACUCUGAACCUUGCCAGAGGUUCUUCAGAGAUGGCCUGUCCACUUCUUUUGUACGGAUUCUCACGGACGAAGCUGUCUCCACGUGGAAACCCGAUAUACAGAGGGACAUUUACAACAACACCAAGUUGCUAGUUGAACUUUGUACUACCAAACUAGACCAGGACUGGUUUGUCCUGCUGGAGCUCCUCGGAACAGCCCUCAAUCCAAACUCAAAGUGGCAGCUAUUCAACUGCAACAUGCUUCCAGACACUUGCCCUAAGGGAACCGAUGUAGAGAAACUGUUUGCUUUUCCAGUGGAGGGAAAGAACAUCAAAGUUUAUGGCUGGCUGCUGGACAUGCUCAACUACUUUGGUAAAUCUGGAGGAUUUCAGACCCUCCAUGAUAGGAUAGUGAAGGGAGAUAAUCUGACAGUACCUCUCGUGGCCGCACUCAUCAAACCUAUGGGCUACUGUGCUGACUACAUUUCCGAGCGUGUGUUCCAAACCUUCCUUGUCCCUGUUGUGGACAAAGUGAUCUCGUUCCUCAAGGAACUGAGUGAUGAGGCACUCAAGAAGGAGUCCACUAGUGAGGCGAAGAGUGACACCUUCUCCUCCAUUAUGAAGUCCCUUCGUCACUUGUGUCGGCGUAUCCCAGCCAGAGAGGACAUAGAGACAUUCCGACUCAAGAUGAUCCUCAGACUGCUGCAAAUCGCUUCCUUCAGUGGCAAAAUGAAUGCACUGAAUGAGAUCAACAAGAUAGUGCCUAGUGUGACAUACCACCCUCACUUCAAGUCCCAGGAUGACGACCAGCUGCAGGCAGACAAACUAGCCGCGUGGAUCAAAGAGAACAACGUGCUGGUGGUUGUGUUUCGUGACAACCUGCAUCAGACACAGUACGUGGAGAAGCUGGACCGCAUAGUGAGGUUUUGUAUCAAAGAGAAAGUGUUGGGAAUGGAGGACUUGGACAUGAUAUGGUCUUGUCAGGACGGGAAGCACGAGAUUAUUGUAAAGAACGUUCAUGACCUCUUGGUCAAACUAGCCUGGGACUUUUCACCAGAGCAGCUGGAUCACCUUUUUGGAUGCUUCCAGCGGAGUUGGGUGGGUGCCAGCAAGAAGCAAUGUGACGAACUGCUCGAAUUUAUCAGACACCUGGCUGAGGAUGAUAAGGAGGGAGUCAUGGCAACCAAGGUAUUGAAUCUAUUGUGGAACCUGGCUCGGAGGGAGGACUGUCCCACGGAUACCAUGGAUCAUGCCCUCAAUGCUCACAUCAAGAUCUUGGACUACUCGUGCUCUCAGGAGAGAGAGUCCCAGAAGCUGCAGUGGCUCCAGUGGUGCAUGGAGGAGCUGAGGAGCAACGAGAAGUGGGUCAUUCCAGCACUCAAGCAGAUGAAGGAGAUAUGUAUGCUCUAUCUCGAGUCCCCGGUGAACUACACACCUCACCAUCGCUCCACUCAGUUCUACUAUCGCAACGAGAUCAUCUCUCAUCUGGACACCAACUACCACCUGCUCUCACACAUCUGUAGCAACCUGGAGACGUACAUGCAGAGCGUGCGGAAACUCUUGGAAGUCAAUCCUGACCUGGACCCAGAGACCCUCUGUUUGGAUGGCCGGUUCAACCACUUCAACCAGCUGCAGAGCAGAUUAGACUUUGUCAGGUUCUCUCUGAAGGAUGGACAGCUCUGGUUGGGACAUCAGCAAGCUUUAAUGGUGUGGGAGAGCCUUGCUGAUCGCCCCGCCUUCCCCUCAGACAGAGAGGCAUGUUUCAGGUGGUUUGCAAAGUUGGUUUCAGAUGAGCCGGACAUAGAGCCCGAGACUGCCAAGAGGAUAUUCACUGAGAAUGUACACAAGAUUCCCCCGCAGCACCUCACAGAGAACGGGUUCAGGUGUUUCGAUCGCUUCUUUCGGAUGGUGAACAUCAACGAACGUCGGCUAGUGGCUUGGAGGCGUGGCUUUGUGACAGAGAACGUGGAUCUGGUUGGACUCGAGUACCUUUGGAAGAGUGUGUUGGUCUCCCCUGAGGCAAUAGUGCACAAACCCAUUGAGCUGCUCAAGGAUGUGUACACCAACCUCAGCACCAAGCUACAGAGCAACCAGGUUCAUCUUGAGUUUAUCAAGGUGUGCAUGAUGAGACUACAAAGGAUCUACGAAGGACUGCAGCAGUACCAGCCAGGGGAGAUAGAGCAGGAGCCACAGGAGGUCCAGCAGGGUUACAACACCGAGGUGAACAAGCUGGUCCGGUGUCUCGCGCUGCUCAAGGAAUACAUACUGGACUGUGACGAGGAGUACAGUGAGGAGAGGGGAAUCCCCCCUCACGGAAAAGCUGCUUGGGGUCGGCCGAUGACUGUCAUCGUUCGUUACCUCUCUCAUCACGGGCAGCCACCAGAGGACUUUGAGUUGUGGACCCAGGCCAACGCGAGCUUGGCCCAAGUCAGGAGACACAUCAUGCAAAAACUCAAGCUGUCUGGUAACAACCACUUGGAGCUCUCGGUCGGCAACGAGCUGCUUCGACAGAACGAGGACAAGCGAUUGGUUGCUAGCGUGCCACUCAGGGACAGAAUGGUGAUCACUGCCAAGCUGCUGUUCACAAAUGUGAGUGAGACAAGUAUGAACUCGUCUGACAACAGUGAGGACUCGAGUGAGGGCUCCCCCAGCGGCCAUGACGGACCCAACGUCGAGAUGGAGAAGAUGCUACCCUCAGUGCUGAUCUCCAGUGAUGCUUCCUACAUCAAGUUCCUGCUCACUGUUUGUGACUUUGCCGUGCUACACAAACACCUCAGUCUCAGAGACAACGUUCGGAGCCUCCUCAAACUGCUACCCACCGGACUCCAUCUCUGGAAUGAGACAUUGGACCACUGCCGUACGAGUGCCCAGCUGGAGGGGGAGGCCCCUUUCACUGCCAUGAGGAAGUACGUUGUCACUACCAGUCCAGCUACCACUCUCUACCGACUGGAGGCUUGCCACACUCUGAUGAUGCCAUCUGCGGACUUCCGUGAGAUGGAGGGUGCUGAGUUCCAGGCCCACUUUGUCCAGUGCGGGGGACUUAAGCUACUGCUUGCUCUACUAGUAGACAAGAACUUCCUCUCUGAGGCUGACACAUCUAUGAAACGCUCUGCGUUCCUAUGCAUGAUGAAGAUGCUCAAGCUGCUCCUGGUGUCCUCAGCCUAUGCCUGCAUCAUGCAAGUGGUCUACACCAUGAAGAAGGACCCUCAGUCUGUCACAACUGAGCGGAGGUCAGCUGUCACUCAGCUACAGAGUGCCCUCGAGCAGAUCAUACCUGCCUCUGAGGUGAAGCUCAAGUCCACCUCCAUGAGUCUGGCUAAGGACUACUUUAAAAAGCUGGUGGACCCCCUGCCUGACCUGAGUGUGGUGAAGGCUCUACAGAUGCUGAGCUGGGCAGCUGGCUGUGGUAACCUGGCCCUCAUUGCCGACCCUAGCAACAUACACGAGACCUUUGUCAAGUUCAACUCGUCUGGUAGGACUCUGGACACUGACGAUACCUUCUUGUCUAGAGACUGUUUAGAGGUGCUGUGUUACUGUAUGGCCAUCUCUCCCACCAUCUUGGAGACACUCCAGAACUCAGUCGACUGGAGGCAGUUUGUUCAAGACAUCCUUCUUUUAACCAGAAACAGGUUGAUUCGAGUGUGUGCAGCUGACCAGUUCUACUACAUUGUCACCAAGUGCAACACUAACACUGCACUUCUAAUUUCAUUCAUCUCUAACCUCUUCUCCACCAUUGAGGGUCUGGCAAAGGAGCAUGCUAACACGUCAGGAGAGUAUUUCCGUCUCCUCGCUCGACUGCUCAACCAUGCCAACCACGCAACCAUCUCCAUUCAGGGGGUGGACAAACUCCUCGAGACUGAGCUGAAGUGGCUCCUCAAAGUCAGGGAGACCACACUUGAGUCAGGCCAGUGUCCCGUGGAGAGCUCCCUAUUGGACGGACACCUCAGUCUGACAGUGGAGCUACUGGCUUUCCGCAGUGUCAGCGAGCGCUACCAGAUAGGCAGUCAUCCAGAUGGGCAACAAUUCAUCAAGAAACUUGUGCUGGACUUUCUGUUUCCUGCCUCUCGACUGGUAAGAGAAGCAAGAACCAACCCAGACAAGGCGCAGUACAUCAGCUCUGCCGUGGCUGUUUGCACUACCACUGACUGCACACUGUCAACCUUCAAGCUGAUCAAUGCUCUGUGUGUCGGCUCCAAGGAGAACAUCAUAACACUCCAGGAACUGCUCACUCAGUUGUUCUAUUCUGGCAGUGAACUCCCGCUGGUGGAGUGGGAGUACCUGCCACACGUUGGGCCUCGUCCUGGCCGAGGAUUCGUAGGACUCAAGAAUGCCGGAGCCACCUGCUACAUGAACGCCGUCCUCCAGCAGCUGUUCAUGAUAUCACCAGUACGUAACGAGGUGCUGGGUGUGGGGGAGGCGGCCUUGUUCCUACGUGAGAUUGAUGAGAAGGCAGAGAGACAAGAUAAGGAGAAGGAAGCCAACAGGAAGAACAAGGAUGAAUUGGAUGCACCAGACGACCCGCCGCUGCCCUCCCCCAGUGACGCUGACCGUAAAGACACACACAAGAUGGUGUUCACUCAGCUGCAGUCUAUCUUUGGUCACCUAAUGGAGAGCAGGCUGCAGUUCCAUGUACCCAAAGGCUUUUGGAGAGACUUCAGAUUGUGGGGAGAUCGUGUGAAUCUUCGUGAGCAACACGAUGCUUUUGAGUUCUUCAAUUGUCUGGUGGACAGUCUAGACGAGGGUUUCAAGUCGUACGGAUCCCCUGCCCGGGUCUCUCACGUCCUCGGAGGGUCCUAUGCUGACCAGAAGAUCUGCAAGGGCUGUCCACACAGAUAUUCUCGUGAGGAGCCUUUUACAGCUCUCAAUGUGGAGAUUCGCAAUCAGCAACACUUGUUUGAGUCCCUCGAUGCCUUCGUGAAGGGUGACCUUUUGGAAGGGGCCAAUGCCUACCACUGUGAGAAGUGUGACAAGAAGGUUGACACUGUCAAGAGACUGUGUAUCAAGAAGCUGCCCAAAGUGCUGGUCAUCCAACUGAAGAGAUUUGAUUAUGAUUGGGAAAGGGAGACAGCUGUCAAGUUCAACGACUACUUUGAGUUCCCCAGAGAGUUUGACAUGGCUCCGUACACAGCUGCUACCCUGGCCAAGACAGAGGGUGGAGAGGGCGUCUCCAGUGGAAAUAUGGACAGUGGGGACAAGCCCAGCAAUACGCCUGGAGACGAGCCAGGUGAUGGUGUGAGCACUAAGUACCGACUCAAGGGGAUCGUGGUCCACAGUGGACAGGCCAGCGGGGGACACUACUACUCUUUCAUUCAAGUCAGGAAACCACCCGGCUCCAACACCCCCAAGUGGUUCAAGUUUGAUGAUGGAGAUGUCACUGAAGCAAAAAUAGAAGAUGAAGAGGAGUUCAAGGCUCAGGCAUUUGGUGGUGACUACACAGGAGAGGUCUAUGACCAUGUCCUAAAGAAGACUCACUAUCGCCGUCAGAAGAGAUGGUGGAGUGCCUACUUACUGUUCUAUGAUAGACUGGACCAAGAGAGUGCAUUUGAUGAGUGUCUAGAGAAGAUGAGUCCCCUGCCUGGGCCCAUCCAGCAGCUGGUGCAGAAACAGAACAUGGAGUUCAAUCACAACAAGGGACAUUUCAACUACUCAUACUUCCACUUCAUGAAGCAGCUGCUCAAUCUAAACUAUAACUACAUCAGAGCUCAACUGGAACAAGACCCCUCCAAAACUGCUGAGUUGGAGUCCCUUGGGUUGAGGUGUGUACAGCUGGCAACAACCUUCCUGUUUCAUUGUGGAUUCCAUACAAAGAAGACGUUGAGAGGUCCAGCGUCUGACUGGUACGAGGCCAUCCAGCCGUACCUCAUGUACAGUAUGAACAUUCGCCAUUGGUUUGUGGACACUGUGUUCCUACAGCACAAAGGCAGGUUCUGUGAGUACCUCCUCGAGUGCCCCUCCGUUGAGAUAAGGAAUGUAUUUGCCAAGCUGCUCACCUUCCUGUGCUGGGUAACCAACAAAGACCCUAAGAUUGAAGUGGAGGUUACCACUCACAAUGGAAUAGAGAAAUCUCAGACUGUGUUUAGUGAGAUAGCACUCAACGGUCUGUUGCAGCUGCUCAAGAAGGAGGUCUCAGAUCACAGCAGACAUUUACAGCAGUAUUUCCAAGUCUUCCUCAACUAUGCCAGCAAGGGGUCAUUUGAAAGGAAACAGUUGCUGCGUUUGGGUGUCCCGUCCCUGUUCAUAGCGGUGGCAUUGGACGAGGGUCCUGGUCCUCCCAUGAGGUCCCCCUACACAGAUCUAAGCAAGCUCUACGCUGUAGUCAGCAUCCUGGUACGCUGCUGUGAUGUCACUGGACUACAGAAGGGAUUACAGCAGGACAAGGAGCCUUUGCCCAAUCCCUAUGCUGACCCUGAGUUGUGUCUGCCUCUUGCCAACGACUUACAGCACUGGCUCUAUGAGAGAACAACAAAUUCAUCACAAUCAACAACUUUUGUCAAGAAACUAAUUGAAGAUAGCUGCUCUAUGGAUGAAACAGUCAGAUUCUUAGCAUUCUGUUGCUGGGAAAACUGGUCCUUCUCUGUUGUGGUCAUCAAUGAGUUACUGGCUGAGGUUAACCAGGUCCAAGCCUUUGACCUGAGGCCGUACUUUGACCUCUUCACUUACAUACUCACAUUGUCAGACACUUGGCAGCACCAUCGUCUUUUAACCUCCCUCAAAGGGUUCACACACCACUCUGACGGGCUCAUUGCAGUCAUCCAACACGGACAAAACCACUACCAGAAGAAAGCCUAUCUUUGUAUCAAAUUUCUAAUUCACAUGUGCAAUAGAUGUCACCAGUUACAGAAGAUAUUAAACGAGGACAGCUACCUAAAGCAAGUGUGGAGCAUGGCGUUAGUUUGGCUGCAGACGGAAAUGGACAGGAGGCCGUACACUGGCACUGGGUACAGCUACUCCAGUUGGUCUCCACCUGCCCAGUCCAACGAAGCGUCCAAUGGUUAUUUCCUAGAGCGCUCCAACAGUGCUAAGCUAACACUCAAGAGAGCAAAGGAGCUGUUCCCUCUACCAGAGCCCCCAGCUGAGAGCCGUGAGGAAGAGCAGGAGAUUGUACCCGGAGGUGACCCGGAUGCUGGGAUGCCAGCUGAGGCUGCCGAGACCCAUGGGACAGAGCAUGGUGGUGACCAUGAGAACGAACCCGAGCGACCCCCGUCUCCACCGCUCUUGGACACCAUUGACGAAGUGAAUGUAACUGACGAGAACACUAGCUCUCAGCAACUGCAAGAGACUGACUAGAAAUAUUUAGUAAUAAUAGUUUUGUGUCUUUUAUCUUUGUAGAAGUCCUGAUUGUUGUAAUGGUGCUGUGUGGUACAUGUAUAUGCAGGGUUGUUUGACUGCACUAAUAUUUACUGUGCUUGAAAUAUUUAACACACAGGAUUUAAUAAAUUGUCAUUUUACUUUCA